GAGGAACUCUCCGUCGAAAUUUCAGUCUGGCCAUGGCCGGCAUUGUCAAGGAAAUCCUGGCAAGGCCCAUCCAACUGGCCGACCAGGUUACCAAAAAUGCCGAUUCUGCUCAAUCUUUCAAACAAGAAUGCAUCGAACUCAAAACCAAAACGGAAAAGCUCGCCGCCCUCCUCCGUCAAGCUGCACGUGCCAGCAACGAUCUCUACGAACGUCCCACACGCCGGAUCAUCGACGACACCGAACAAGUUCUCGACAAAGCCUUAACCCUCGUCAUCAAAUGUCGCGCCAAUGGGAUAAUGAAACGUAUGUUCACCAUUAUCCCCGCUGCCGCUUUCAAAAAAACCUCCACCCAGCUUGAAAAUUCCAUUGGCGAUGUCUCUUGGCUCCUCCGUGUCUCCGCCCCUGCUGAAGAUCGCGACGAUGAAUAUCUUGGCCUUCCUCCCAUUGCUUCCAACGAACCCAUUUUGGGUUUGAUUUGGGAACAGGUCGCGAUUCUUCAUACCGGUACUUUAGAGGAACGAUCCGACGCUGCUGCUUCUCUGGCGUCGUUGGCUCGUGAUAAUGAUCGGUAUGGGAAAUUGAUUAUUGAAGAAGGUGGGGUUACGCCAUUGCUGAAAUUGGCCAAGGAAGGGAGAAUGGAAGGUCAAGAACAUGCCGCUAGAGCGAUUGGACUUCUGGGUCGAGAUUCAGAGAGCGUUGAACAGAUUGUGAAUUGUGGGGUUUGUUCUGUUUUUGCUAAGAUUCUAAAAGAUGGGCAUAUGAAGGUUCAAUCUGUUGUAGCUUGGGCUGUUUCGGAAAUGGCGACUCAUCAUCCUAAAUGUCAAGAUCAUUUUGCUCAAAACAAUGUGAUUCGUCUUCUGGUUAGUCAUCUUGCCUUUGAAACCAUUCAAGAACAUAGUAGGUACACCAUUGCUACUAAACAUCAAAUGUCGAUUCAUUCUGUGUUUAUGGCUAAUAACAAUGGUUCUGAUCAAAAUGUGAAAAAUGGGUAUGAAGAAGAAGAUCAUAAACAUACGGGUAAUAAUGUCAAUCAUCCAACCGGGAAUCAAUUGUCUAGCCAAAUGCAUAACGUAGUUACCAACACAAUGGCUAUGAAGAAUCCCAUUAAGGGUCAAUCCAAUACCCAGGAAAUUCAUAAGACUAAUCAUCACAUUCAAAAUCCUGGCCGUGCUGCAUUAUCCGGAGCUAGCAUUAAAGGAAGGGAAUAUGAAGAUCCUGCCACUAAAGCUCAAAUGAAAGCCAUGGCUGCUAGAGCUUUAUGGCAUUUAUGCAAAGGGAAUGUUACUAUUUGUCGAAACAUUACAGAGUCGAGAGCCCUUUUGUGUUUUGCUGUUCUAUUAGAGAAAGGUCCUGAGGAUGUUAAGUACUAUUCAGCCAUGGCAUUGAUGGAAAUCACCGCCGUUGCCGAACAGAAUUCCGACCUACGUCGUACUGGAUUCAAACCCACCUCCCCUGCCGCUAAGGCUGUUGUCGAACAGUUAUUGAAAAUCAUCGAGAAAGCAGAUUGCGAUCUGCUUUUACCUUCAAUUCAAGCCAUUGGUCAUUUGGCUAGGACAUUUAGAGCAACCGAAACAAGGAUAAUCGGACCACUCGUUAAGCUGUUGGACGAAAGGGAAGCUGAGGUUUCAAUGGAGGCUGUGAUUGCACUUAACAAAUUUGCUUGUACAGACAAUUUCUUACAUGACAACCAUUGCAAAGCCAUAAUUGAAGCAGGAGGGACAAAGCACUUAAUCCAAUUAGUGUAUUUUGGUGAACAAAUGGUUCAAAUUCCUUCGUUGAUUCUGCUUUGUUAUAUAGCUUUACAUGUUCCUGAUAGUGAGACACUAGCUCAAGAAGAAGUACUUAUAGUGCUGGAAUGGUCAUCUAAACAGGCACAUUUAGUGGAAGAACCCACCAUCGAAAGUCUAUUGCCAGAAGCCAAAAGUAGGUUGGAACUUUAUCAGUCAAGAGGUUCAAGAGGAUUUCAUUGAUUCUUUUUUUUCUUUUUACAAAAAUCUGUAUAAUAAUUGUUCAAAAAUAUCCAAAAUGAGUUUUUUUUUUCUUCUUUUUUGUUUCAUCUGUUAAGCUUUUCAUCUUUGAUAAAACUGUAUGUAAACUAGUUUGGUAAUGGAUUAGAAAAAGCCUUCUAACAGUUCAUUUAGCUUUUUGUAACUUUUCUUUUCCUUGUGUUUUUUUCCAUAUAUAUGAUAACUU